AUACCGCAUGAAGUAUUAGUGAAUUUAAUAAGGAGUGCGUAAAACGAACGGCACAUGCUGUCGGCGAAUAUUGUCCUGGAAGGAAAUCGCCUCCCUUUGAGGUGUAAGUGGUACGCUCCGAGCAAAGGUCUACGUCACCCAUUGUUUACAAACCCAGCAGGGCCGGUAGGAGCCGGGCGGAGGAGGACUGGUGACUGCGCUCGUCUGUGUAGCCAUGCCGUGCCGCAAGGAGAGCUUCCUGCUGCUGGAGCAGUCGGUCACCGUGGACUCCAAGGAGGUGGACUCCCUGGUCGCCCGCAUAGGUGAAGCCCUGCAGCUCAACGCCCACCGGGCUCCGACCUCCUGCAGCCUGGUCCUGAAACCUCCGGCCGUGACCCGAGCGCCGGCCGCCAUGUGCUCCUGUGUGCGGGGCAGGACUACACCAUACCGGGUAUGCACCCCGAGAGGAGCCGGGCGCUACCAUCAGCAGCACCCGGGGGGCGCCAGGCAGUGCUUGGGGAGCAGUAAGCAGCUCUGUGGUCGGGGCUGGGUGCGGGGAAGCUGCAGGAAGGACGAGGGGGAAGACCCGCACCAGCUGCUGCAGGAGCUCCUGCUCUCCGGGAACCUCAUCAAAGAAGCCGUGCGGAGGCUACAUCUCACCGGGGAGAGCUCCAGCCCGGCGCCCUGCAAAGUGGCGGAGGCCCCCGAGACCCUGGUGCAGUGAGGCUGACAGAGGCCAGUGCCAAGGAAAGGGGGUGGAGGGGUCAGACCAUACCACCUGGUGUUAUCUGUGCCAUCAUGGGGGGGUGACUGUCCAUGCCAAGGUGGUGGGCAUCAUGCCCUGGAGAACAUUGGUCUGUCACGGAGUCACAGCCGGGCGCACACGCUAAUCAUGCCAAACGUGUACAGAUCAUCUCCCACCCAACCUGAGCCAUAUCCACAAUGUGGUCCUGGGUGGUGGCCACUGCCUUGAAGCAAGUAAUGUGACCACCUCUACGCCCCCCAACAUGGAGGCCUCUCAAUUUUGGUGGACUUUUUCAGAAGACUCCCCUCCCAGUAAGACUAUCGGACAUUGGGGACGAAAGAAGAACUUUAUACCGACUUACUGAUCAAAAAUAUCCCACCGGGAACUCCAGACAACCUCAUCCUGGUGACCUCCAUCAGCGCACACCUCAGGCCACCAGAGUUGCUCUUCUUCACCAGCCAACUUUGUCUUUCUGCCCAAAUGACACAGUUCUUGCCCCCAUCCUUGCUGACUGGUGAACAGUUGGUUGGUCCCAUUCUCACAUUGAUGCUGGAGGUGCCACCAAGUUUGAGGUUCCUCAACAACAAGAGCGGUAGAUUAUCUUAGUGACCCUAAAGAUGAAUCAUGUGCAAUCCUACCAUGAGCCAGUUGCAGAGUUUGGCCCCAAAUUUUUUAUAUAUAUUUUUUUUCCCCUCCCUGUUUACAAGAUACUUGAAGGGGUUCACAAACUUUAGAAUUUUGCCCUCAAAUUGGAACCAUGAUCAAGAAGCUCUGUUGUUGUUUUCCUAGAAAUUGAGAAUUUAUGACUUGUGUACCUGGUUCUUCGCGCCGGUUCCACUACACUCGUGUGAUCCCAAAGGAACCCGGUGGGGAGGGGGGGGUUGUGGAUGCCCAUGUUCUCCUUAUUUGGGUUUAUGUAAUUGUUCUCGGCUGCUUGUUUACAGGUCUGCAGGCGGGCGCUGGCUCCUGCUCCUAUCCCGUGUUAUUGUUUUGCCUGGCAGAGCUUGUUGGCAUUGGUUGCUGAAGGUCAACUUUUUUUUUUUUUUUUGGCUAAGUUAGUUGCACAGCCUGAGACGACCCCUGAGCAGGACAAGCUAACGUGAAUGGUGCCACACGUGUGAUGCAGCCAAAUGAAUGGAAAAUACAGAAUUUAUUUAGCUUUUGUGCAUUGGUGGGGUAAGACGCAACCUUGUGUUGAGGCAUGUCUUUGCUUAUUAAGAUACAUUUAGGUGUUAAAGGGGUAUUCUGCUUAUAUAAAGCUAUCCCCUAUAACAGGGAUCCUUGACCUUUGGCACUCCAGCUGCUGUGAAACUACAACUCCCAGCAUGCAAACAUACUUGGCUGUUCCCACAAAAGUGAAUUGAGCAUUCUUGGAGUUGUAGUUUCUGAACAGCUGGGUGUUGCUGACGUUUGCCCUAUACACACCAUAGGGUGGGGGUCCUGACCACACUGUAACCCCCCCCCCCCCCCCCCCCUCUUCCUCAUUGGUCACAAGAAUGGAGGCCCCGCGAAAAGAACAGAGUGGCCACAAGAGACGGUUUGUUCAUUGUGGGGGUCCCAGACUUUACAUAGCCGGAAUACCCCUUUAUUGACUUGAAAUGUGAUGGGUGAACUGGAAAGUGUUUCUUAUUCUGGUUCUAUUGAUAGAUUAGUAUUGUGGGUAUAAGAUCAGUGCCUUCUUCUAACCUUGUUAGGGUUUGUUCACACCUGCAGGUUUUGUUCAGACAAUCCAAAAUCAGUUGUGGUUCGUAAAGGAAGUAUUAAGGACAGAUAAUACAUCUCCACCCUGGAAAAACCUGAACAAAACCUGCUCGUCUGACUACAGCCUUAGGCUACAUGCACACGACCGUAUGUGUUUUGAUGCCAUCCGUUUCUUUUUGCGGAUCCAUUGUAACAAUGCCCUAAAACGGACAGGAAUAAGACAUGUUCAAAUUUUUUUUAUUUCUUGCA